AUGUCCUACGAACACCAUGCAGCACAGUUGAUUGCAGGCGCCCUGAUGGUUGAUAACCAAACGCUAGAGGAAAAAGUGAUGGGAUUAAUCAAGCCUGAGGAUACUUUAACUGUUAAAGGGGAUGUAUCAGCUUUGAUUCCUCGUUCCUCUUCUGGCGAAAACCGAGAAUCUAUAAAAGAACCUGGGCGCUCCAUCCAGGCUGGAAGCAGUGGAAAACAACCAAAGAGGUUUUCCUCGGAACCAAGCCUUCGGUUUUCAUCAAGUUUUUCAGAGACAACUAAAAUUGAAGCAACAAGUAGUGGUUUUGAACCAGCAGAUAGAAUGCCAGAAGAAAUAGCUGCAUUGGUCCAAACAUUACUUCUUAAAGAAAAGAAUGUAGAAGAUGAAGAAGGAAUCUACGCUGUUUUAUGGGAUUUUGGUGGUCAGUCAGUUUACUAUGUCACCCAUCCUCUCUUUCUUACAUCCAGAGCUGUUUAUUUGUUGGUUUAUGAUCUAAGCCGAAAUCCCUACGAAACAGCAACACCUCCCAAUAAGCAAGGCAUGUUCAAGUUAUUUCAAGACAACUUCAACCUGAAAACGAAUCUGGACUAUCUAGAUUUCUGGAUGACGUCCGUGGCUUCGUUGGCAACUGAAGGUGGAAACCGCCAAGAAAGCACUGGCUGUAAAUUGUUGCUGGAGAAUCUUCCUUGUGUGUUCCUAGUGUGUACACAUGCUGAUCAACCUCAUGGUGGUGCAGAUCCUCGAGCACUUGCUAGUGAGAUCUUUCAUGUCCUGCAAAACAAGCCGUAUAGUUCUCAUUUGUACGAGCGUGUCUUUGUGGUGGACAACAGCAAGUCUGGCGGAGAAUCUGAGUGUCCAGAAGUAUUACUUCUGCGUCAAACAGUACGCAGUGUUGCCGAGGAACUGCCGCAGAUGAAGGAAGCCAUACCUAUUAGGUGGCUGCAAUAUGAAAAGGCACUUCACGUUAUCCAGGAAGAGGGCUACCGAUGGAUCUCGUUCCAAAGAGCCAAACAAGUCGCUUCGGAAAAGUGCAAAAUUGUCGACGAUGAGGAGUUUCUGACGGUACUGAACUUUUUACAUGACCAGAGAAUUUUAAUUCAUUUUGAUGACUCUCCGCAGUUGAACAAGCUAGUGGUUCUGGACCCUCAAUGGUUGAUUGAUGUGUUUAAGAAGGUAAUCACUGUGAAGCCGUUCGACUCCGAGGAACGAGAAUUUAGACAUUUAUGGAGCAAGCUUGAAAAAACAGGAAUCUUGGCGGAAAAACUUCUGGAACAUCUUUGGGGUUCAUUGUUGCAACAAGAAGAAACGUGUGAAAGCCUUGUUGCCAUCAUGGAAAAAUUCAGCUUGAUGUGUCUUUGGCCGUCAUCGGCCCCUUUAUGUGACAAGCAGUACUUAGUUCCAUCCUUGCUUAUGUCAUAUCCUCCUGAAGGCGUCAUCAAGCUUUUAGAAUCCAGAAAAAAUCCAUCUCUUUUUCUCAAAUUGCAAUCUUACCAAAUACCUCCCAGUCUAUUCCCUCGGCUCGUAUUGCAGUUUUUACAGUGGUGUACUUAUGAAUUCCAGAACGCAGAGGACCCUAAAUUACACCACAACUUUGCCCGGUUCUUUAUCUCUCCAAAUGGAGGUUGUUCUAUUAUCCUUCUAUGCCAUCCAUCUUCGGUUGAGGUUGUUCUCCUCGGUGAAAGAGAGAAUGGAGACUUAUCAGCAGAUUUACGGUCAAAAAUGACCUCAUCAGUUGAUGAAAACCCGAGCACUGAUCCAUUUAUUGCGCAUGUUGCCCGAUCUGUGCGUAGGCAGUUGUCUUUGAUAUUCGAGUGCAUGAGAAAAGAAUUCUUUUGGUUCAACAGCAUUAGACAUGAGGUGUGCUUUCUAUGUCCAGUAUGUUCCCAGGGAGGCACUAUCAACUACUGUCAAACGCAUCGUGCUCAGGGUUGCAUGCAAGAGGAAUGUCUUCACUUUUGGUCAGAGUCAGAGUUGUUAAGCAGCCUAGAAGCUGUCAUUUGUCGUGAGUCUGUCGACGCUGUGAAAACCAGAAUCAAAUUGAAGCAGUUUGCGCCUUGGUUGACUCACCCCGAUGAAAAGGUAAUGAAUGAAUGCAGGUAUCCUGAAAAGUUUGCUGGUCUUAAAGUGGAAAUAGAGAUAAUUCAAAGUGACUUUCACGCUUUACAUUACUGCAUUAUGUUGGCUGUUUUCAUCGUUUGCAUAGAGCUUCUACCGCACUUUCUACUUUUCGUGGUGUUUUUGGUAGCAAAUGACGUUUCAUGCAUAAAUGCCCUUGGUUUGUUGCCGUGCCUUUAGUUAUGAAGCGUGAGUAUGAGCUUGCAAUGGGAAAAAGACCAAGUCAGUUCCCACUAACUCCAAUUUUUGUUUUAUAAAUAUUAGAAAACCUCAGGCGGAGCGUGCCUACUUCUGCCAGCUGUGGAAGGUACAUGCGAAUGUUACUUACUUUCUUUGAUAAAUUGUUACCAUAUUCUUGUAUCACGCGUGUCUUUUUUAAUUUAUAAUUCAUUCAGUUUUCCAUGUUUUACUUUAUUUCUUUUCUCUCUUUUCUCUUCAUUGGAAUAGGCAAAGCUAGUUCGUAAAACAUGUCGUUCGUACCACAUUUCACGAUAUGUAUUGCUAAUGUUGAAUUUGGGAAUAGGCUUGAACAGUUACGUUAUCAAAGUAGUUGCUCUCAGGCAUUUUCUUUCAUUCUUAGCACACGAAGGGCAACGUGAGGAUAACGCUCUCGCUUUACCUUCCGCCCACGCUUUACCUCCUGCGGUUCAAGGCACUCUUCUUUCACCGUCGUGUGAUGCUACAGAAGUUGUGAUUCGUUUUCAAAAGGAUCUGCACUUGGAUCAAACCUCAUUAGAAAGUCCAAAGGACGAGACGAAGAUAAUGAUCCGCUGUUUGGCAAGAGAAGCAAAAUUUUCAAAUAGGCUGGAUGUGGUAAAACACUUGAGGGAAGUUUCACCUGCUGGGAUCACAGGUAGACUAUUGACUGCAUGACUGACCCAUCAGAUUGACAUAGUACUGUGCUUUAUUUUUUCUUGCUUUUGCCGAAUUUGAGUAGUUCUUGCAGCCAACACUUCUGUUUACUUGUCACUUGUUGAUUGUUGUUAUUAUUAUUUACCUUUGUGACCUCCCAUUAUAAAAAAGAGAAAGAUACAACACAGAGAUCUCAAUGUGUUGAAAUUUCCAAUCUUUGCUUAAGUAAGCUUUUGGUAUUUUUUUCCAAUUGCUGAUUUGAACAUUAACUUGGGUUACGUUCUAAUUGCAGUAAUUGAUGUGUUUCAACAGGCCCCUUACUACCUGACAAUCUCGAUGUUCAGGAUGUUCCUUUUCAACAAAGCAGACAUCUUUCUGUGAAUUUGUCUGGUGAGUAAGUUCCGUGGUUGUCGCAAAGAUGAGGUCCUUCAUGUAAAGUAUUAUGGAUAAACAGCAAUCCUCGUUGCAAUUUUUAAAACAUUUACCACUAAUCCAUUCCUGUCACUGUUGGUACCUGGAAAAUUAGACCACCUGAAAAAAAUCAAAGUAACACUAUGGUGAACUCGUAGAUAUACUGUGCAGAACAUUACUAUUUGUUUCGUCAACUGAGUUGAUAAUGUAAAUUAGCCACCGUAAAGAGUUUCUAAAGCUGACGUUUCGAGCGUUAGCCCUUCGUCAUUCGCUCUGCGAUGGGCUGACGCUGGAAACGUGAGCUUCAAAACUCUUAACAGUGGUCAAUUUACAUUAUCAACUCAGUGGAUAAACCCAAUUAUCUUGUUGUAUCCCUCAUCGACGCAGCACCACAGUUUCUUUCAAAUUUCCCCUUUUUCACGUGCAUAUAUACGCGUAAUUUACAAAAGAUAAAGCUGGGAAUUCCCCUGAGACCUGAAAUGGGUAAACACAACAGGCAGGGUAAAGACUUCUAUCGCCAGAUCCGCCCCACAGUCAGUCCGCCAUCUUUAAUAAGAUGCAUGCUCUCAAUUCUCCCCAGACACUCGUUUCCUUAGCUAACGCCACAAAAUUUGCAUAUCUAUUCCCCCAGUACUUGUUUGUAUGCUCCACAUAUCCACUAGUGCAGAUUGCAAAGAGUUUCAUGGGUGGCGUGUUGAACAUGUAGCACGAGGUUGAAAUCUAUCUUCAUUUUCAAGGCGGAGACUAGUGGAUGAUAGUGGCCGAGAGACUGGGAUUGUCUCCAGCAGAGAUUCGGUUCCUGGAGAAGCGGUCACGUAACCCGUUCGAGGAAGCUCUGAUGCAUUGUCGGAAUCACCAGUAUCUAACAGUUGGAGAGUUGUACGAUGUUCUAGUUGAGAGUGGAUAUCCAGCAUAUGCUGACUUUUUGUGA